ACGGUGGCUUACAAUAACAGUUUAGCUAGCAAGAGUAUCAACUCUAACAAAUUAAGUAUGAAAACGACUUACUUGGAGAUUUGAAAUAAUAUUACACUACAGCACGAAGAAACAAAUGUAGAACACUCGGCGAUGCUUGCUGUGUUUUAGUUGCAUCUCUUAAUAUAGAGGUGGUUUUCAUAAAUCAUUAUGUCUACAAACUAGACAGCUAGCUAGCUUACACCAGCACAAGCUAGUUUGACGGAGUGUGAGCUAGUUGGUCUAGGAAGCUACCCAACAAAAACGAGUUGACAACUGAGAGGUCUGAACGCGUUUUACUGUCAUUGAACAAUAAUUUAAUAUGGUAUUCAGAUAACCUGAGUCCUACACCAUUAAGGAAAGACUACGAUUUUUCAAAUGCACGGCUUUUUAUCGUUGAAGCUAACAUCAUUUCGCUAAUAUUCUCGUCGGUUUUGCCUAGCUAGCUAGCUAACUAGCUCUCUGUUAGCUAGCUAGCAUAACGUCCACAACUGAUACCCGUUCUCCUGGAAAUGGUAGACGCUCUGAUGUGCUCAUGGAGAAGGCGGCCUUUGAGGGGUGGCUGGAAUCAGUCUCCGCCGCCUACCUCACGCUGAGCGACCAGCAGAGGAAUCAGUCGCUGGACCGCCUCAUCUCCCUGAGCGGCGCCACUCAGCUCCGCCACCUGUCCAAUGGGCUGGAGACGCUGCUGAAGAGGGACUUCCUGCGCCUGCUGCCCCUGGAGCUGGCCUUCUACCUGCUGCGCUGGCUGGACCCCCAGACGCUGCUCACCUGCUGCCUGGUGUGCAAGCAGUGGAACAAGGUGAUCAGCGCCUGCACGGAGGUGUGGCAGGGCGUGUGCCUCGACCUGGGCUGGCGCAUCGACGACUCCAUCCAGGACGCGCAGCACUGGAAGCGCAUCUACCUGAAGGCCAAGCUGCGCAUGAGGCAGCUGCAGGAGGAGGAUGCCUUUGAGACGUCCUCGCUCAUCGGACACAGUGCAAGAGUCUACGCCCUCUACUACAAAGAUGGUCUCCUUUGCACAGGCUCAGAUGACCUCUCUGCAAAGCUCUGGGACGUCCGCACUGGGCAGUGCAUUUAUGGGAUCCAGACCCACACCUGCGCCACGGUCAAGUUUGACGAGCAGAAGCUGGUGACCGGAUCGUUUGACAACACCAUUGCGUGCUGGGAGUGGAGCACGGGUGCCAAAAUUCAGCAGUUUCGAGGGCACACGGGGGCAGUGUUCAGUGUGGACUACAACGACGAGCUCGAUACCCUGGUGAGUGGCUCGGCCGAUUUCUCCGUGAAGGUGUGGGCGCUCUCAGCAGGGGCCUGUCUGAAUACAUUCACUGGGCACACAGAGUGGGUCACCAAGGUUCUGCUUCAGAGGUGCGAAGUGGAGUCCAUUAUGCACAGUCCAGGAGAUUACAUCCUACUGAGCGCUGAUAAGUACGAGAUCAAGGUCUGGCCCAUCGGCAGGGAGAUCAACUGCGAGUGCUUGAGGACCCUGUCCGUGUCCGAGGACAGGAGCGUGUGCCUGCAGCCGCGGCUGCAGUUCGACGGCCGCUACAUCAUCUGCAGCUCGGACCUGGGCGUCUACCAGUGGGACUUCUCCAGCUUUGACAUCAUCAGGGUUAUCAAGACACAGGACUUCACCAACCUCUCCCUGCUGAGCUUCGGCGAGGUGUUCGCCCUGCUGUUCGACCACAGCUACCUGUACGUGAUGGACCUGAGGACUGAGUCCGUCACGGGCCGCUGGCCACUGCCGGCCUACCGCAAGUCCAAACGGGGCUCCAGCUUCCUGCCGGGCACCACCGCCUGGCUCAACGGACUGGACGGGCAGAAUGACUCAGGCCUGGUGUUUGCCACCAGCAUGCCCGACCAUAGCAUUCACCUGGUGCUGUGGAAGGAGAAUGGAUAGAGGGCGCUGCAUGGAGCCUGGCAGUGACCGGAGCCAGCCCAAGGGUGCUCUUUGACUUCAAACUAAACAAACAAACAAACAAACAAUCGAGAAAACAGCCAACUUAGAUAUUGCAUGGACCAAAGUCUUGUUUUUGGGGGUUUAUUUUUUAUUAUAAUUAAUUAUUUUUGCUUUUAGGUUCUACAACCUUUUGACACACUUGCAGUUUCAUACACACACACACACACAUGCUCGCACAAACAGACACACACACACACACACACACACACACACACACACACACACACACACACACACACACACACACAUGCAUUCUGCUUUUAGAUAGUGUGAGUAGAGCGGACUGGAACACAAGCUCUGUCAGCACAAGCUGGGUGGUGUGAUGUGGGCACAGGAUGUGGUCGGCGGCUGAGGGCAGCAGUAGUGCUAGCUGUGCUGUCUAACCCCUGGCCCUCGGCCCCCGCCGCACCGCGUCCUUCUCAAGGGAAUAAACUUGACAUGAGGAAGGCCCCGAAGCCCCAUCACCUUCGGCCCCUGGAGUUUGUGCCAGCUGUGGAUUCACAGUACAGGAAGCCAUCGCCAUAAUCACCUCAUUACGCCACGUGUUUUGACUCGUAAUACUACUGGUGAGCAAAUCCUGGAGGAGAUGUUGCCUUAAAGUACCACAUUUCUUUCUUUUUUUGUGGCUAAAUGUCCUUUUUCAACAGUUUCAGAUCGAUCCAUUCAUUCAUUCAUGACAGCACAGGUCUAAAAACUUCACAUUCGAACCAGUUAACCACCACACACUGUUCUAAACGUCAAGCAUGGAUCAAUAAAAGUCCUCUGGGUCGGACAACAUUUAGCUGUUCCUAUUCUUCCUUUCAGUCCUUGUGAAGUAAUCCUCAAUUUUUUUUCUUUUGUUUUUUUAAGCAUACUCUCAGAAAGCCACUGUGUGCAUCUUCACCAAUGUAUGGGGGUUUCUUAACAUUUCUGGGUUGUUUUGAGAAUGACAUUUCCUGUAGUCUUGUGCCUUUCUUACGUACAUAAACACACUUACUUUUCAAACAUCUGAGCCAUUUUAGUGAAGGUGCAAUAAUAAUACAUGAUGUCCGUGAGCAUCGGCAGGAGGCAUACUCGUAAACCUGCUCUUUAUCUUAACAGCUUUAGAGACUUCUCACACAAGUCAUAUUACUGAACCUGUGUACACUACUAUGUGUAGUCUUUUUUAAAAAAAUAAUAAUUUUAAAGUAUUGUGAGCAAACUACCACUACCUAAGCUCUGCACAAUUGGUUUAAGAACCAGACGCACUGGCCUGGGCAGUUGGGUUAUAUGGCUGAGGCUUUUUGUUCUGACAUCCCUUCUCCCCUCUAUGUACCAGUAAUUGGUAAGAAGUUUAUCAGAUCAGGUUAAUUAGUGAAAGUUACGGCAGGUUUGAGGUCAUGCCUGUGACAUACACACAUAUUGUACGUAACAAGUCUUCCACAAGAGUGGAUAAGAAAUGCAGGCAUUAAACUGCUUAAACUGAAGAAAAAAAA